GUGUGCGCCACUGGCUUCUGUGUCUUUCAGGCAGAGAAUUGAAAAGUUGGAGCAAAGUCUGAGUCAGCUCCAGCAGCUACCAGACACUCACAGCAGCUCCCUCCCCAGUGACAGAGGGAAGACAGGACCACUGGAGAACUGUUAUACACCUUUACUCACCCAGCUGUCGCCAGACAAUUUGCCCAGGAUGUGGACGCUACUCUUGGGGGUCACAUUUGGAUUACUGGCCUCCUCCAGGUCAGAACAACUUAAAGUGAAUAGCCGUUCCUGCAGCUAUGUUGGUGUGUUUCGGGUUGAGGGAGCAUCCCGUCACUCCCUGAGCUAUGACAUGGCUGAGAGAGUGUGUGAGCAGCUGCAGAGCACCUUGGCAAGUCAAGAACAAGUCGAGGAGGCCUACACCAACAAAAUGGAAACAUGCAGGAACGGUUGGACCAGCAAUGUGACCAUUGCCAUCCUCAGACACACACACCAUGAAAACUGUGCCAAGAACAUGACUGGGUUCAUCACUAAUUCAAAUGUACAAGUUGAAAAUCUCUUUGAUGCCUACUGCUACAAUGAGCAAGGUGGACUAGGUAAAAACUGUAGCGCUGCCUUUACAUUAGAUGGACAAUUGCCUUCAGAUGAACCAGAGCCCACAACAACAGAAGACCCGGAAGAAAGCACCUCCAAGGCGCUACCUGAGGAUACUUCGGACAGUGAGGGGGCCGCUGUAACACCCGGUGAAGAUGCUUUUGGCGGAGAGAUGGGAACCACCCCAUCAGCCUCUAUUACUCCCUCAGAACUGAGUCCAGGAGAGCCAGAGGCCUCCACUGGAGAUCCUGCAGCUGAGGAGAAUACCAACAUGGGGUCCACUUUCACUCCUGGAGAGUUUGACCACCACGCUGGGUCUGGGAUGCUGCCGGAGGGGGCCACUCCUACAGCACAAGCUGGCGCUGAGAGUGAUGGACAGACUGAGACCACAGAGGCUGAGGGUGAAGGUGCCAGAACAGAGGCACCACAACAACCUCAAGGCAAAGGAAGGGUCCUGGGUCCUGCUGAGUCUGAGCAUGGCAAACCUGAGGGUAGUGAUUCAUCAAACUGGCUCGUAAUCAUUGGAGUGAUUGUUGCAGUCGCUGCUAUUCUUCUUGUGUGUGCAGCUGUUGCCAAGAGAAACACCUGGUGUGGCAAACAACAAACCCUGAUUAUAACACCCAAAGAUGGCGAGGGGAACGGGGCAGCAGCAUCAGCAUCCAGCUCCCAUGCCCAGGAGAGAGAUCAGGAAAUGGUGACCCUCAUGAACAAGGAAAAGAUCCAGGAGAAUGGCAACACGGAGGAGUUCACUGUCAUCACGUUAGAAGAGUCGCCGGACAAAGAGCAGCUGGCAUGAGAGAGGAGUGCAGAAACAGAAAGAGGAAAAGGAGGAUGGAUUGAGGAGAUGUUUGGGAUAUUGAUUGGGUGGGGGUUGGGGAUCCAAGCACUGAGGGUAAUACUGCUGAGUUAAGAUGUAUGUGUGUCAUUGUCUAACUGAGGUACAAGGUGUUGUACUGGGUUUGAAGCUGUUGGGAUCAGGCCUGUCAAACAACAUGUGCAACUUUGUUUGUGUGUUAAGCAAAGUUGAGUCUGAAAGGCUGUUAGAGUGUCAUGCAUGGUGGGCCAUCAUGCAGGGUGUGAAUGUAUGUGUUGUGACCUUUCUUUGUGUAUGCUUUUUGAUGACGGAUGGACAAGGGUUUUUAAAGGUGGGGUUGCUGAUGUAAAAAAAAAAAAAAAAGCUUUUUCUAAGAGAAUUUGGGAAUUCAAUUUGCAUAUAUUUCAGCCUCAAUGGAAAAAAAAAACAAUAAUAAAACUGGAUACUUUGUUUAAGAUUUCGAUAAAAAUGAUCACAACCCUUGAUAUAUCCCAUAUGUUUCAUUCAUUUGUUUGUUUGCUUAUUGUUGUAACCUUUGUGUAUAUUUUCAGACAUUGCCUGUGGACUGGAGUGUGGUUUAAUCCAUUUCAAGAAAACUGGGGAUGUCACUACCUUAAUUUAUGCAGCUUUGAUUCCCUUUUUCUUGGUCUAUGUAUAUAUAGUUUACGUUUUUGGAAAUGCCUUAGCAGUAGGUGCCAGUGCUUUUUGUCGUUUGGUAGAAAAAAGGGGCGUUGUAUCCCUUUCUUUUAAAUAAAGGAACGUGUCAUUUCUUUGAAAGCUAUUUAACUAGAAAAGUACCUCUGAGGUGAACAACUGUAAAUGGAUUUUGCAAUAUUGACAGAGGUGGACAUUGUACGAAUCAAGUUGAUGUAAAGCACCGUUGAAGUCAGUGAAUAUAGAUUUAUAUUAAGUUGGGAAUAUGAUAACAUGAAGUCUCUGAUGUCAUCUCAAGGGGAGAGGAUGCAAACAUAAGUUAUACACAGUGUGUACAUUGGUUUAAAAACAAAAAGGAAUUGGACACAGCAAGUUAAUUCUUAUUUGAUGCUAAAUCUAAACUCAUUUGGAGCAAGUGAGUGACAGCUUUAGAUACUGAUCUGCACAUAUGCUAAUGUGAGGCCCAUGUGCUGUAAACACAUACCAAUGUAAAGGUUCCUCGGGAUGAAAGAGGCUGUGACACUGUGGGGGAGGGGUUUCUAUGAAUGAAUCCUGUGUGCUUGCCAAGACCUCACUCUGUUCACUCAUGGAAACAAAAUGCUGCAUUUUUUUUCUACUGACCUUCUCAUUGGUGAAAUAUAUCAUGCAUUGUGUCAUUAAAUAUUACUCCAUCUAUAACUGCUAAGUUUUGCUGGUUUGAGUGUUACGCUGAUGAUGUUCAGCGUUACACACAGAGUUUUGUUUCUGACUUUUUCCCUGUUUUGCUCUGAAAUAAUUCAUUUAGAAGACAUGUAGCACAUGUAUUAGUGUAGACAAGUUUCUAUGACAAAUUAAUAAAAGAUGUUGCUGAAUGGAUUUGUAUAGUCAUGAUAAAAUAAAUGUGUAUAGAAGGAGAUGUG